GCAGACUGAAGUCCCAAUGCUGGAGGAGCCCCCAACGGGGAGGAAGUUGUCUCUUGGGGAAGGGUUGGAGAAGCAUCCUUUGGAAAACAGGUGGGCCUUAUGGUUCUUCAAGAAUGACAGGAACAGGGCGUGGCGGGACAACCUUCACCUGGUCACCAAGUUUGAUACUGUGGAGGACUUUUGGGCGCUCUACAGCCAUACCCAACCGGUCAGCAAACUGUCCUCUGGCUGCGACUAUGCCCUUUUCAAGGACGGCAUUGAACCUAUGUGGGAAGAUAGCAGGAAUAAGCAUGGUGGCCGCUGGCUGGUCAGCCUGGCCAAGCAACAGCGUCAGAGCGACCUUGAUCGACUCUGGCUAGAGACACUUCUUUCUCUGAUUGGAGAGGCCUUUGAAGAGUACGGUGAGGAGGUGUGUGGCGCUGUGGUCAAUGUUCGAAGCAAGGGGGACAAAAUAGCCAUCUGGACCAGCGAGGCUGAGAACCAGCCAGCUGUCACCUUUAUUGGACGUGUCUUCAAGGAGAGGCUGGGACUCUCACCGAAGGUUGUUAUUGGCUACCAGGCCCAUGCAGACACAGCCACCAAGAGCAACUCUUUUACCAAGAACAAAUUUGUGGUGUGAGGCCCCAGCGCAUAUAUCAGGUCCCUCCUGCUCAGGGCUAGUGCCCUGCCCCCACUCCCAACCCCCA